UGAAAAAUAUGACCGUUAGAUCCCUUAACUCUCUUCUCUAAUUCUUCAACGUUUCAGAUUUUUCAGUAUCUUUACAUUUCAUUAACCCCAAAAAUCUUCUUCUUCUGAUUCUGUCUGUACAGAGCGAAUCAAAGUCUCUCCUCUCCUCUCACACAUUUUACACACAAUCACUCCACUUCUUCUUCUUAUCAUCAAUCCAUGUCGGUGGCUGAAGAACCCAAUCCAACAAAUUUCACCAUCUCCACCAUGAUCGACGAGGCCUACGAGUUCUCGGCCCCUCGAUUCUUUGAUUUCGUAAACGGCGAAUCAGACGAGGACAAGCGCAAGGCCGAGCUCUGGUUCGACACCGCCCUCACUCACGCUCCUUCUCCUUUUAUGCCUAGAAUCAAGACUGGUAGAUCUUUCACCGUGGAAAGCUUAUGCGAUUUUAGUGUAGCAGAUCAGAUGCAGAAGGAGACUUCUAAUUCAUCGUCCCAUUUGAAAAGUAAUGAUACUUUGGAAACUGCGCCUCAAACCGUGCUGCUUCCUGUUGACUUAAAGAAAGUAGCCACUGUAGAGAGCAAAGUAGAAAAUGUCAUAGAGAAUUCCGUUGAUAAAGGUUUAAAGGAAGACAGCAAAGAAGAGAGCAAGAGCACUGAGAAACAUUACAGUGCAUCAGCUAGGAUAGUUUCUUCUUCUUCUGGUGUGAAAAACGAAGCUAAUAGUGAUAAGGAGAAUAGGAAACCUUCUGUUCAGGCAGAAAAAGAAGCUUGCACACCUGUGCCAUCUAUCCUUGGGACCAACUCCAAGAAGCAGCAGACAGCUAAAAAGAUAGCCAGUUUAGUUAGAAACCCAACAGCAUUGAAGCCAAAAAGUCAGAUCAAGUCGUCACAAUCCAAAAACCCCAAACCAUCUUGUUUGAAAAGUGAAACAAAUGUGAAAAACACUGGUGGGACUCUCACUCUGGCCCAAGAGAAUCAGGCAAUUAAGCGACAGAAGUUGGAAGGAGGACAAUCUAGACAGAUUCUUAGCCUCAAACCUCAUAAUCUGCCCCACAAGACAAAAUCGGGUCUUGUGAGUAGCAGUUCUAACUUCUGCUCAUCAACUGUGAAUAGAGCUAAAAAAGAUGAAAGAAAGAUUUAUGUUCGAGAAGGAGCACCAGCAGCACAAGCUCCUCCAUUUGUUUCAGCUGCUGAAAUGGUGAAGAAGUUCCAAUCAAGUACCAGAGACCUGUCGUUGCCUCACACUCAGACGAAGCCUAGACUCACAUUGACGAGGCCCAAGGAACCUGAGUUUGAAACAUCUCAAAGAGCACGCUCUGUUAAGAUUAAAAGCACUGCUGAGCUUGAAGAAGAGAUGAUGGCCAAAAUUCCAAAGUUUAAAGCACGUCCCUUGAACAAGAAGAUUUUGCAAGCCCCAUUAUUACCUGCAGUACCAAGAAGUACACCCCAGCUGCCAGAAUUUAAGGAAUUUCACUUGGAGACUUCCGUAAGGGCAAGCCAUAAUGCAGAAUCGGCAUCAGUUGUUUCAACAGAUUCGUCACAUCAGAAUAAUCAAUGGAAGGGUCAUCUAACUGAACCUAAAACUCCUCUACUUCAGACAUCGCUAAGGGCCCGACCAACCAAGGUGAAAAGCUCCUGGGAAAUUGAGCAGGAGGAACUUGAAAAACUACCUAAAUUCAAGGCUAAGCCUCUCAACAAGAAGAUAUUUGAAAGUAAGGGUGAGUUGGGUAUGUUCUGUAAUGUCAAGAAACAUAUCACAGUUCCUCAAGAAUUUCAUUUUGCUACUCAUGAGAGGAUUCCACCACCUUCAACGGUUGCAGAUCUUUUUGACAAGUUAUCUUUGAACAUGGAACCUCGCCAUAAUCCACUUCCAAAAAACACAACACCAAAUCCAUUUCAUCUGCAUACAGAGGAAAGAGGAGCCGAGAAAGAGAAAAAAUUUAUUAUGGAAGUUGUGCACAAGCAGUGGGAAGAAGAGCGAGCUAGGGUUCCCAAAGCUAAUCCAUAUCCUUAUACCACGGACUACCCUGUGAUUCCACCCAAACCCGAGCCCAAAAACUGCACAAAGCCAAAUCCUUUUCAAUUGGAGAGUUUGGUGAGGCAUGAGGAGGAAAUGCAAAGAGAAAGGGAGGAGAGGGAGAGGAAAGAAAGAGAAGAAGCUCAAAUGAGAGUAUUCAAGGCACAGCCAGUCCUUAAAGAAGAUCCCAUUCCAGUCCCAGAAAAGGUGCGCAAGCCUUUGACUGAAGUACAAGGAUUCUCUCUUCAUGUGGAUCAUAGAGCUGUGGAUAGAGCAGAAUUUGAUCAAAAGAUUAAAGAGAAGGAAGUGAUGUAUAAGAGAUACAGAGAAGAGAGUGAGGCAGCCAGAAUGCAAGAAGAAGAAAAGGCCUUGAAACAGCUAAGGAGGACAAUGGUUCCCCAUGCAAGGCCAGUGCCAAACUUUAACAAUCCAUUCUGCCCACAGAAGUCGGUUAAGGAAGCAACAAAGGCAAAGUCACCAAAUCUUCGGGUGCUACAGAGAAAAGAAAAGAAAAGAAUGAUCGUACAUUCGGCCACUUCAAGUGCUGCUUCCAAUAUGAGAUAGAUAAAAAUUGAUUUGUUUGCUUAGAUAGAUAUUCUUUGUUAUUGUAGAUACAGCUAAGCUACUAGGGUGUAGCUGCUGCUGUGUACAAGAUCAUAUGUACAUCAAAAAUCCUCCUAAUUAAUUCCAAUCACUUGUACUGAAGCAACUAUGUAAUAAUAAAAAAUAUAAAAUAUGAUUUCCAUUGUAAAA